AUGCUCGUUUUCGUGAAGAACUCGGAUGGCAUCCUCCGUGCGUUGGCAAUCGAGAGUGGGAGCGUCUUGAGCGAGGGCCUGACUGACAGCCUUGAUGUCUCAGCAGACGCUGCCCGGCUGCGCGAACUGCUUGGUACACUUACGAGAGAGAAGAUCAUGAGCGCAUGGAAGCAGAUUGCUUCGAGUUGCCCAGGAGUGAAAAGUGCCCCGCCACCUUCCGUCGAGAUGGACAAAAGUACACUUGUCACACACUUCAUGAGCUUCUUUGAACGAGCACGACACGGAAGGAGUGCAAGAGCUGGUCAGAGCCCAUCUCCAGCGAGAAUGACGGUGCCUGUGGUGCCUCUAUCACCUGAAGACUUUCUGGAGGACUCUCGCGAUGAUCUUGACAUCGAGCUUCGCUUCUUUGACGAUGGUCGACAGUACGAUAUCAAUGCCAUGCUCACGAUGCGGAAGGGAGAGCUGGAGACCAUGACGGCCAAGCUUCAAAAGUCCCCCUCCGAUGCCGUGUGCGAUUGUGUUUUCAAAGGGAAAAAGGUCAGCGCGGGCUCUUGGAUGGAAUCUUUACAGAAUAUGACACUGGAGGAACUGGAGAUGCUCCGCAGCAGCAUGACAAAGGAAGCAGCACAGAAGCCCGUUUCGAGGGUGGGUAGCUGCCUGCCUGCUCUGCGGCGGCUAAGGGCGCUCCACGCCAAGGUCGAAGCAACCUUGUUGUUCGUGGAGGAUAUGUUGUGUGAAGACUUCAACUUGACCUUCCAUGGUAGCCUCAUCAAGCUACGCGAUGCGGUUUCCGAGAAGAUUGGACAGCUGAAAGCAGCUGACUUCAUAGCAACUAUUCCUAGCCCGCCUGGGACGUCCAGCUCCCCAUUUCGCAUGGUCAAUGCGGUCUUCGUGCAGCAGACGAUGAAGAUCGCAAGUUCGGAUGAGGAGCUGGCUUUCAAGCAGAAGGAGCGAGAGCUCGCCUCCUAUACUCGCAAGGUCAAAAAGCUCUUUCAGACCAUGGACCAAAGUGGUGACGGAGCGAUUAAUUUCGAUGAAUUCUCGAAGCUGGUGAAGUCGCCGAUGCUGCAGUUUUUGCUGAGCCAGCUGGAUUUGGAGUACCAUGACUUGUUGAGCUUGUUCGAAUUCCUGGACAACGGGGACGGACAAAUCACGCUUACCGAGUUCAUCGAUGGCGCUGCAAAGCUCCGUGGGACGGCGAAGGCAUUGGACAUAUGGCGAAUGGAGACGAAGCUCGAGGUGUUGUUUGGCGAAGUGCUGGCUGCCAUCCGAGGACACUCUGACGUCCGGGACGUUUUCGACAAGCUCCAGCUGAAAAACAUAACCUUCAGCACGAACUCGCGCACCUUGGGGGUAUUGGGGUUUCAGUGGAUCCUAGAGUUGUCCGACAUGACGGGCCGCACGCUGCUCUCUGUGCUUAUCCCCAGCCUCGUGCUCUUGGCCGCCGGCAGUGGCCUCCGUGCUGCCCGUGCGCGAGGGAUUUUCCCAGUCUACGAUGGCACCAUCACCUCACCCAGGUGCAGCUGCCAUUGCUGCGUGGUGGAACGUCGUCGGCCCGACGAAGCUGGAGGACAGCACCUCUCGAAGUGCGCUGCGCCGGCGAACCUCGGAGGCACCUGCUCCUCGGAGUGCACGGCCGUGGAUGACGAGGUCUUCACGCACGUGACCAUCGUGGAUAUGGACAGGUAUUGCUUCCACCGCUGUCAGCCCGAGGGCACCCUGCAGCCAUCGGAGAAGGUGGCCUUGGCAGAGAAGUUUGGCGGUUCCGACUCUUACCACGGCGGCUUCAGUGUAGACGCUGCUUGCAUCAAAGUGCCACACAGCUUGGAGAAUCUUGCGAUGGAGCCAACUGGAAAUGGCAACUCCGCUGUGUGUGUGGUUCGCAAGCCUGUCUGUCAGGAUUGCGAUGUUGGGAUUUGGACCUAA